CAUUCACCUGAAGCUCAUUCUCCAGCCCAUAAUCAUUCAUAAAUUCCAAGUGCCCGUCAUUCACCUGAAGCUCAGUCUCCAGCCCAUAAUCAUUCAUAAAUUCCAAGUUCAUUCACCUGAAGCUCAGUCUCCAGCUCCAGUUCUCUCACCCCCCCCUCUCGAUCGAGCUUGUUAUGCUAAUUCAUGGCUCUUCAUGGUUCUCUCUCAUUCCUAUCCUCCUCUCUCUCUCCUCCCAAACUCUUCAACUCCUCAUAUUCUCUCUCUUCAACCUCCACCAUUAAUCUACUCUUAUUCGAUCGCCUCCCCCAAAACAACCCAAGGAGAACUUUCACGAUGCAAUUCAACAACUCCUCCACCUUCUCUGCCGACCUCGCUGCCGUCGGCGAGGACUUGCCGGUCGACUACGCCGACUGGCUUCCCAAGUCCCAUCCUAGCGACCGCAGAAGAGCCGGCGUCCUCCUCCACCCGACGUCGUUUUCCGGGCCCUACGGCAUCGGAGAUCUUGGCGACCAGACCUUUCGCUUCCUUGAUUGGCUUCACGAAACUGGUUGCUCUGUUUGGCAGGUCCUUCCUCUUGUUCCUCCAGGGAGGAAGGCUAAUGAAGAGGGUUCCCCAUACUCUGGACAGGAUGCGAAUUGUGGUAACACCCUUCUAAUUUCUCUUGAAGAGCUUGUAAAAGAUGGUUUGUUGAUGAAAGAAGAGCUUCCAGAACCAGUAGAUGUGGAACGUGUGGAUUUCUCAAUCGUUGCUGAAAUAAAAGAUCCUUUGAUAGCCAAGGCUGCAGAGAGGCUCAUUCUGAGUGAAGGGGAACUCAGAGGUCAACUUGAAGAUUUCUGCAAGGACCCUGAUAUUGCAUGUUGGCUUGAAGAUGCAGCUUAUUUUGCUGCUAUUGACAAUACAUUAAAUACAUUCAGUUGGUAUGAUUGGCCUGAACCUUUGAAGAAUCGCCAUCUUGCUGCCUUAGAAGAAAUUUACCAAAACGAGAAGGAUUUCAUAAACAUAUUCAUUGCUCAACAGUUCUUAUUCCAAAGGCAAUGGAAAAAAGUUCGUAACUAUGCACAGAUGAAAGGUAUCAGUGUAAUGGGAGACAUGCCAAUUUAUGUUGGUUAUCACAGUGCAGAUGUUUGGGCAAAUAAGAAACAUUUUUUGCUGAACAGGAGUGGCUUUCCCCUUUUAGUUAGUGGUGUACCCCCUGAUGCCUUCAGUGAGACUGGUCAGCUGUGGGGCAGCCCUUUAUAUGAUUGGAAAGCCAUGGAGAAAGAUGGAUUUUCUUGGUGGAUACAGCGAGUUCGACGUGCACAGAAUUUAUUUGACGAAUUCAGGAUAGAUCACUUUAGAGGAUUUGCCGGCUUUUGGGCUGUUCCUUCUGAAGCAAAAAUUGCAAUGGUUGGACAAUGGAAGGCGGGACCUAGGAAGCCUUUAUUUGAUGCCAUCUCCAGAGCUGUUGGAAAGAUCAAUAUAAUAGCAGAAGACUUGGGAGUGAUCACUGAGGAUGUCGUUCAGCUUAGGAAAUCCAUUGGGGCACCUGGAAUGGCUGUUCUCCAGUUUGGCUUCGGAAGUGAUGCAGAUAACCCUCAUUUACCUCAUAAUCACGAGCCCAAUCAAGUAGUCUAUACUGGAACACAUGAUAAUGACACGAUUCUGGGUUGGUGGGAUGUCUUGCAACAACAAGAGAAGAACAAUGUACUGAAGUAUCUUUCAAUUGCUGAAGGAAAAGAUGUCUCAUGGGCACUAAUAUGUGCUGCUCUCUCUUCAGUGGCUCAAACUGCCAUCGUACCUAUGCAAGAUAUUCUUGGUCUGGGAACUUCUGCCAGGAUGAACAUUCCUGCAACUCAGUUUGGAAAUUGGAGUUGGAGGGUACCUAGUUCCAUGAGCUUUGACAACUUAGAUGCUGAAAAGAAGAAAGUGAGGGAUAUGCUUUCAAUGUACGGGCGGCUGUGAAUGGAUACUACUGAGAUUUCCGUAUCCACGGCUUGAUUGUAAAGUAAUAAUUCAAGUUGUUCUUUGAGAUCAUGUACGCAUGGCUAAUUAUGAGUUGUAGAUUAACUUUGAAUAAACAGACAGCUUGUCUGACUUGAAUGGACAUGAUAUUAUUCAAUUUUGAUAUCAAAUGAAUAAAAAUCUUCCCCUUUUAUUUUGCUA